CUUCUCUCUGAUCGUGUCAUCUUGAUUCCCAAGCUCAUAUCUUCAAGGCAAUGGCUUCUAUACUCUGCAUGGCCUCAGUUUCACCGCAGAAAUUAUCGAGCGCCAUAAGCCGUCAAGUUCACACUCGGGCUUUUCUCGUACCACCCUCUUUCUCAUUCCCUAGGCGGAGAUUAACGAUAACGGCUGCAGAGUCCGACGCAAAUGAAGUUAAAUCUCAGCUACGAGAAAAAGCUCCAGCUAGAACUGGUUCAAGUUCCGAUCCACUGUUCGGUAACAAAGGAGCUACCCAGGAAACUGAUAAAUGGAAGAUUCGUCUUCAACUUACAAAGCCUGUCAGCUGGCCUAUAUUGGUUUGGGGUGUAGUUUGUGGUGCUGCUGCUUCUGGACAAUUCAACUGGAAUCUUGAAGAUGUUGCCAAAUCAUUUGUGUGCAUGGUGAUGUCUGGCCCAUUCCUUACUGGUUAUACGCAGACGCUAAAUGAUUGGUAUGACCGAGAAAUUGAUGCAAUCAUUGAACCAUAUCGACCAAUUCCUUCAGGGGCUAUAUAUGAAAAUGAGGUUAUCACUCAAAUAUGGGUGCUGCUAACAGGAGGUCUUGCCUUGGCUGGCAUAUUGGACGUAUGGGCAGGGCAUAAUUCCCCUAUAGUUUUCUGCCUUGCCGUUAGUGGAUCACUGCUGUCAUCUAUAUAUUCUGCGCCUCCUUUAAAGCUAAAACUAAACGGAUGGAUUGGAAACUUUGCCCUUGGAGCUAGAUACAUCAGUUUGCCAUGGUGGACCAGUCAGGCUUUAUUUGGGACUCUUACACUUAAUGCAGUCAUUAUCACCCUCUUAUACAGCAUAUCAGGGCUGGGCAUCGCUAUUAUUGAGGACAUCAAAAGGAUUGAAAGGGAUACAGCUGUGGGGCUUCAGUCUCUUCCAGUUGCUCUUGGCACUGAAACUGCCAAAUGGAUAUGUGUUAGUGCUACUGACAUUGCACAAUUAUCUGUUGCUGGAUAUCUUCUUUGGAUUAGUAAACCAUAUUAUGCUUUGGCUUUACUUGCCUUGAUAAUUCCGCAGAUCUAUUUUCAGUUUCAGUACUUCCUCAAAGACCCUGUGAAGUACGAUGUUGACUAUCAGACAAGCGCAGUGCCAUUUUUCGCUCUUGGCUUGUUGGUGACUGCUUUCGCAACUAGCCAUUGAUCUUCUGCAAAAGUUAUCAUGUGGCACGGAAGCAAUUAAGCAAAGCUGAAAGUUAAGCGGGCUAUGCACAGCUUCUUCUUUUACCACUUGUAAACUAAUGUCCCGUUUGGCUAUAAGGGUGGGAGCAUUUUUUCUUUCUAUCCUUUGUACAAUAUCUAUUUAUAUUUCACCUUGCCGCUGAAUGCUCAUUGAAUUUGAGGUUAACAAACAGAUUCAGGCGAAGUUCGUGAAUCAUGAUGCCAGUUUGGGAUGUUGGUUGAAAAGUGAUUCUUUAUUUA